AUGACUGCGGCAACCGAUGAGGACCUCGCGCUGCGCUGCUGCGUGUGCGGCACGUCGGCCGAGGACGACAGCAACUACCUCAACACCAAGAUGAAGAUGCUCAUCUCCAAAUGCGGUCACCGCUUGUGCGUGCUCCAGCGCGUUGUGUGGAAGUUCUUCUGCGACCACUGCAUCAAGCGCGAGUUCCAGCACCAGCGCGAGAUCGCGUGUCCCGCCUGCGAGAAGCCCGUGAAGAAGUCGCAGCUGCAGGACAAGACCAUCGAGGAGCUCAACUUCGCCAAGGAGACGUCGGUGCGCAAGAAAGUCACCAAGGAUUACAACAAGACGGAGGACGACUUCGACACACUGGACGAGUACAAUGACUACUUGGAGACGCUCGAGAACCUCAUUUUUGAUCUGGUGUAUGGAGACGACAACGAAAAGGCUGCGGCCCAGAAGCAGUGGAAGCAGUACCGCCAGGAGAACGCCAUUGCCAUCGCCACAAAUGACGCCAAGAAGGCCGACGAGGAGCGCCGUAUCGCGCAGCUGAUUGCGGAGCAGCAGAGGCUGGCGGAGGAACGGCGACAGCUGCAGCAGCGGGAGGAUUCGCAGUUUGAGGCGGAUCUGGAGCGUCAGAAGGCGCAGCUGAUGGAGGUGGCGCUGGGAGAACGAGACGAAAGCGACGUCUCCAAGCUGCGCGCCACGACGACGGCUAUUCCGAUUGACCAGGCCGUCACGGCGGAGAUGGAAGCGGCGAUGAUGGGCUUCCAGCCGGGAGUCAUUGGUGGACCGCAGCCCGUUCCGGUUCCUGGAGGCAAGCGUGGACCCAACUUCGGUGUGAACGAGUCCAAGAAGCUGCGUCGUCAGCAGCAGCUUGCCGGCGGCUACGAUCCGGAUUUGCACUUCAAGCGCAACCGAAGCGAGGCGUGGUGCGGCAUUUACUUCCACCCCGUUGAUAGAAAGAAUGAAGGUCCGGCUCCGAUGGAGAUCUGCUAG